AUGGGCGUUCAGGUAACGUCGCGACGGAGGAGCCAGUUGGAUAACUCCUUUGGGCUGUCACGCUGUCUAGUCACAGAGGAAGGCUGUGCUUCUCUGGUCUCAGCGCUGAGGUCAAACCCCUCACACCUGAGAGAGCUGGACCUGAGCUACAAUCACCCAGGAGACUCAGGAGUCAGACUGCUCUCUGCUGGACUGGAGGAUCCACACUGCAGACUGGAGAAACUCAAUGUGGAACAUGGUGGAGAGAACAGAAUGAAACCUGGGCUUAGAAAAUAUGUCUGUGAUCUCACACUGAACCCAAACACAGUAGACAGACUCCUCUCUCUGUCUGAGGAGAACAGAAAGGUGACAUGGAGGAGAGAGGAGCAGCCGUAUCCUGAUCACCCAGAGAGAUUUGAGGACUGGAGACAGGUGCUGUGUAGAGAGGGUCUGACUGGGCGCUGUUACUGGGAGGUAGAGUGGAGUGGGAGAGGGGCUGUUAUAGGAGUUACAUAUAAAGGAAUCAGCAGGAGAGGAGGUGAUGACUGUAGGCUUGGAUACAAUGACAAGUCCUGGAGUCUGUUCUGCUCUGACAACAGUUACAUUGCCAGGCACAAUAAUAAUCCCACUACCAUAGACGUCCCCUCCUCCAGCUCCCACAGAGUAGGAGUGUAUCUGGACUGGCCAGCCGGCACUCUGUCCUUCUAUAGAGCCUCCUCUGACACACUGACCCACCUGAUCACAUUCACCUCCACAUUCACUGAGCCCCUCUAUCCAGGGAUUUGGGUUUAUGAUGACUCUUCAGUGUCCCUGAAAUACACAACCUGA